CCCCACCACCACCACCAGCUCCAGGAAUGGACUGACUUUCUAGCUUCACCACCUCUUGACAAAUCCGCUCUGUUUCUUCAAGACUCCUCGGAUAAACGUUCAGAGUUUUAACUCCAGCCUUGAGCUUUUUUUUAUAAAUCACAAGUUGAUUUGCCGUCCGAGCGGCAGCACAGAUUUCCUGUUUUCCCCCCCGCGCGAUUUAUUUGUAGCCGUUGGUGGACGAAACGGGAUUCAACUUAAACGAACCCGCAGACAUUUUGUUAUUUCUGAGAAUUACACCGUUUUUUUUCUCCCCCCCACCUCUCUUACUUUUUCAUCAGUGUAGUCGCAGCUGGCUGGAGCGACCGAUCUUUUAAAGGACCACAACAAGGCGAAGGAAGACACCAUUACCCUCCGUGGUCGCGAGCUAAAUCCAAACACUAUCUGUGAGCGUUUUAAUUUACACGAGCUCGCGUCGCUGCCGCUCGUGCGUUCAAGGCGGAAGGCUCGCAACUGCGAUGGAUCAUUUUGACUGACAGCUUUUGAAGAAUUAGCUAGCUUUAGCCAGUGAGGACUGGUGUUGGGGGUUCCUGUUCACAGACACAGUAAAUACGGGGUCGGGACAGGUACAGCUUAAUGGUCUUGCAUCACCCAGACAAGACACCGAGUCUUUUACCUCCCAAACGACGACAAAGUGCAUCACUUCUAUCGGCUUAAUUUUUGUUGAGGGGGUCGCUAGCUGCCGUGAGCUAGUCAUCCUGCUAACGCUGGACAGCUCCUGUGUAAGGCAGGGCUAGCUGUGGACAAAGGACCAACGCAAGGGAAAAUAUAAACACAAGGCACUCAGUUGAUCGUGUUUGGGAAGGAAAGCAACAAACAAGGAAUUGACAUGAUGUUUCCACAAUCAAGACACUCAGCUUCAUCGCAGCAGCUGAAAUUCACAACCUCUGACUCCUGUGACAGGAUCAAGGAUGAGUUCCAGUUCCUCCAAGCACAAUACCACAGUUUGAAGCUUGAGUGCGACAAGUUGGCCAGUGAGAAGUCGGAGAUGCAGCGCCAUUAUAUCAUGUACUAUGAGAUGUCCUACGGGCUCAAUAUUGAGAUGCACAAACAGGCUGAGAUAGUGAAGAGAUUGAACGGGAUCUGCGCACAAGUCCUCCCCUACCUGUCUCAGGAGCACCAGCAGCAGGUCCUGGCAGCCAUAGAGAGGGCCAAGCAGGUCACCCCCCCAGAGAUGAACUCCAUCAUAAGGCAGCAGCUCCAGGCUCACCAGCUGUCUCAGCUCCAGGGCCUGGCCCUGCCCAUGACCCCCCUGCCGCUGGGCCUGAGCCAGCCGAGCCUCCCCGCCGUCACCACCUCCUCUGGUCUCUUCUCCCUCUCCUCCCUGCUGGCCUCCCAAGCCCAGCUGGCCAAGGAGGAGAAAGCAUCGCGUGAAGGGGUCGACAGCCACCGUGAGGAGGACGGAGACAAGUCUGAUUAGAUGGUGUCCCAAUUCAGCUCUGUUUUUGUCCAGAGACCUGAAUCCCCAGAUCUGAGCCUCCUUGGCCUACAGCCUCUCCCCUGGUCUCCCUCUCUCUGACCUUAGCAAACAUGGGCUUCAAUCCCAUCAACACAGCUCCAGCUUCAGAUCCCUAACCAACUCCCUCUAAUGGGAGGGCUUUGGCACCUGCUCCUUACAUCAGACUAGUCCUGAUCGCCUCAUAUUUACCAAACAUGGGUUGUUUCUUUCUACUCCUUUCUUUUUACCACCGUCAGAGUGUCUCCUGUGUCUUUUCUUCAAAUACUUAAAAAAAAAAAUGUGAUUAAGCUUCACUUAUUUUGCUUUUCUUUUUUUUUUAAAUCAGGACUGCUUUCUAUUUCUGUUCCUUCCUGCCUUCCUGUCGCUCUAUCGCUCAGCUCUUAUUCCUGUUUAGUUUCUGUUUUUUUUCUCCAUGUGUCUCUUCCUCCCACUCUCACCCACCUCUUGCCUCUGUUCUAAGUAGGUCCUUGUUAUGCAGGACUGAUCUGCGAGACUGAAGGCACCGUACUGUAGGUGUUAAAACAGGCUAAAUGUUAAACACAGGGAUUCUUUGGCAAGCUGUAACACUGGUUUGACACAAGACAGGAUUCCUACAAACUUAAUUUUCAUACAAACGGGGUCUGACAGAGAUCCGUGGUGUUGAUAUUUUUUGGCAGUAGAAAUCGCAUGCAUUCAUUCCAAGCUACAAGUUGGCUUUGAGUUUAAACGGUUGAUUGUUGUAGAUCAGAAAAGUGUCUAAAUAGUGCCCUGAUGCCCCGUCUAAAGAGCAAUGUCCCACACACAUAUCCACACAAACUUCCAAACCAAAAACUGCUGCUUCUAAAGCAGAAUUGUUGUAUUGAGAAGACAUCUCCAGUCGAAAAACUAGAGAUUUUUUGUUUAAUCCUAAAUUUAUAUUGAGAAAGGAAAAGCACCUUUUUAGGGUAAACCUUAUGCUGAGAGGUGUCAGAGUAGAUAACAAAACCACAUUAGUAAGUAAUCCCCCCCUACUUACAAUCCUACUCUGACCCUGUGAGGUAGAUAAAUCUGCCCAGCACCUGAACUGAAAGGCAACGUUUUCUUCAGUAGUUAAAUCAACAGAGAUGCCGCUUGACUCCUGCACCGUCCCACCACCUUUUGCAUCUUUAAUGUGCACUAAUAUUAGAGCAGGCACGCAGGGGAGAGAGUGUGCAUGUUGUGUGUUUGACAGCAGAGGGCAGUGUGUGUCUUCCUCCUCGCUGGGUUCAGAGCAAAACAAGGACAGGACAAUGACAGAGUGCAGGCUGUGUCACAUGGGGGAAUGGCUUAUUUAUUCACUCUGUGUGUACUAACUUAAUAUACAGAGACGAGACUGGUGACAUUAAUCUCUGCAUGCGGUUAGUCCCAGUCUCUGACAUGAUCGUGAGAACAGACCCGAGAAAAGUCUUGGGUCUGUUUUAAGAAACAUCUCUGGACCCGUGCUUUGGAUCUCCCUGUAAAUUCAGAAUUUCAAUUCAAUUUACAUAUACAGAUCUGUCACAUAUCAGCCUACAACACUACAUUAUACGGGUGAUUUAACACCUACGUACAACACUGAGUGAGAAAUCUCCAUGACCUAACAAAAUUAUAUCAGUGCAGAUCACACAGAUGAAGCAUAAGCGUCCUCCACAGCUGCUCUGAUGAGUAAAAACUCCCCCUCAGCCUCACAGGCCCUGUUUUCAAUUAGCCUGUCUGAUUAGGUCUCUCGUCAGGUGGAAUGUUGGCUGAAACUAUGCUGGGAAUAAUGUGAUUUCACCAAACUCUGUGUUCAAAAAUCCCCACAUUUGGGGCAUCCAGGUGGCCCAUUGGUUAAUGUGCGUACCAUAUAAUUGCUUACGUCAUAUAAUUCUGGCAGAUGUGCCCCACGCCCAAACAAAACUCCAGUCAUGUGUGUAAUUAUAAAGUCCCGUGAAGGUUAAAAACACUGUGAAUUGACCGUAUAGUACUCUUUUUUCUUUUCUUUUUUCUUUAAAAAAAAUAUAUGAUUCUAUUUCUUCAAUGUAACUGAGUCUAAAAAAACACGAGUAAUAACCCCCACUUAGCAUAUUUCCUGCAAAAAGUCUCUGGUCUUUUCUUGUACAGCUGCUGUGAAAUGAAUGAAGCCGCCUACAAGUGUGGCUGGAAAUGUCGAGACAAUAAAACGAAUCUGACGAAAAAUAAUUGUGAAAUCUAAAGACUACUUGUCCUAGAUUGGGGGGUUAAAGUUGAGCCAUUACGGUGACACUCGGACACCACACCCACCAACCCCACAUCGUGUGAAUGUGGCUUCACUACACAAACAUGUUAUUGUUUUGACUUUAAUUCUUCCUUUGAAAAUUUGUUUUCUCUUUUGUCUGGAUUAUCCACAUCCAGAAACUUUUCUUUGGGUACUUCUUUGGAUUUUUCGCUAUAGGUUCCACCAUAUCCGUAGCUAGUGCUCUGUCACUUCCCGCCCCCUUUUUCUCUGGCUGAUUGAUGUUGAGCACCUAAAAUUCACCUCGAUGUGCCAGCGUGAGAAA